GGUCCAGCUGGUCCCCGUGGUCUCCCCGGCCCUCCUGGUGCUCCUGGUCCUCAAGGUUUCCAAGGUCCCCCUGGUGAACCUGGAGAGCCUGGUGCUUCUGGUCCCAUGGGUCCCCGUGGUCCCGCUGGCCCCCCUGGCAAGAACGGAGAUGAUGGUGAAGCUGGAAAGCCUGGCCGUCCUGGCGAGCGUGGUCCCCCCGGCCCCCAGGGUGCCCGUGGUCUCCCAGGAACAGCCGGUUUGCCAGGCAUGAAGGGUCAUCGGGGUUUCAGUGGUCUGGAUGGUGCCAAGGGUGAGCCUGGUCCUGCUGGCCCCAAGGGAGAGCCUGGCAGCCCCGGGGAGAAUGGUGCUCCUGGGCAGAUGGGUCCCCGUGGUCUUCCUGGUGAGAGAGGCCGUCCCGGCCCGUCUGGCCCUGCUGGUGCUCGUGGUAACGAUGGUGCUCCCGGUGCUGCUGGUCCCCCCGGUCCAACUGGCCCUGCUGGUCCCCCCGGCUUCCCUGGUGCUGCUGGUGCUAAGGGUGAAACAGGUCCCCAUGGUGCUCGUGGCAGCGAAGGUCCCCAAGGUGCUCGUGGUGAGCCCGGUCCCCCUGGCCCUGCUGGUGCUGCUGGUCCUGCUGGCAACCCCGGUGCUGAUGGUCAACCCGGUGCCAAGGGUGCAGUGGGUGCUCCUGGCAUUGCUGGUGCUCCCGGCUUCCCCGGUGCCCGCGGUCCCUCCGGACCCCAGGGACCCAGCGGUGCCCCCGGGCCCAAGGGUAACAGCGGUGAACCUGGUGCCCCAGGCAACAAGGGAGACACCGGUGCCAAAGGAGAACCUGGUCCUGCUGGUGUCCAAGGUCCCCCCGGCCCUGCUGGUGAGGAAGGCAAGAGAGGAGCCCGUGGUGAGCCCGGCCCUGCUGGGCUGCCCGGCCCUGCUGGCGAACGGGGUGCUCCAGGCAGCCGCGGCUUCCCUGGCGGUGAUGGCAUCGCUGGUCCCAAGGGUCCCCCCGGUGAACGUGGCUCCCCCGGCCCCGUGGGUCCCAAAGGUUCUCCUGGUGAAGCUGGACGCCCCGGGGAACCCGGGCUCCCUGGUGCCAAGGGUCUGACUGGAAGUCCUGGAAGCCCCGGUCCUGAUGGCAAGACUGGCCCCCCUGGUCCUGCUGGUCAAGAUGGUCGCCCCGGCCCCCCUGGCCCCCCCGGAGCCAGAGGUCAAGCUGGUGUGAUGGGAUUCCCUGGUCCCAAAGGUGCUGCGGGUGAACCCGGCAAACCCGGCGAGAGAGGAGCUCCUGGUCCUCCUGGUGCUGUUGGUGCUGCUGGCAAAGACGGUGAAGUUGGUGCCCAAGGUCCCCCCGGCCCUACUGGUCCUGCUGGAGAAAGAGGUGAACAAGGUCCUGCUGGUGCUCCUGGCUUCCAGGGUCUGCCCGGCCCUGCUGGCCCCCCCGGUGAGGCUGGCAAGCCUGGUGAGCAGGGUGAUCCCGGUCCCAAAGGUGCUGAUGGUGCCCCUGGUAAAGAUGGUCUCCGAGGCCUGACUGGCCCCAUUGGCCCCCCUGGCCCUGCUGGUGCUCCUGGUGACAAGGGUGAAGCUGGUCCCCCCGGCCCUGCUGGUCCCACUGGUGCCCGUGGUGCUCCCGGUGACCGUGGUGAGCCCGGCCCUCCUGGUCCUGCUGGAUUUGCUGGCCCCCCUGGUGCAGAUGGCCAGCCUGGUGCUAAAGGUGAAACUGGUGAAACUGGAGCCAAGGGCGAUGCCGGCCCCCCCGGCCCUGCUGGCCCCAGUGGUGCUCCUGGCCCUGCUGGUGCUGUUGGUGCUCCCGGUCCCAAAGGUGCUCGCGGUAGCGCUGGACCCCCUGUAAGUACCAGUCUUGGUGACCGUGGUGAGACCGGCCCUGCUGGUCCCCCUGGUGCUCCCGGUGCUCCUGGUGCCCCCGGCCCUGUCGGUCCUGCUGGCAAGACUGGAGAUCGUGGGGAGACUGGUCCCCAAGGUCCCGCUGGCGCUCCUGGUCCUGCUGGUGCUCGUGGUCCUGCUGGUCCACAAGGUCCCCGUGGUGACAAAGGUGAAACUGGUGAACAAGGUGACAGAGGCAUGAAGGGCCACAGAGGCUUCUCUGGUCUCCAAGGCCCACCUGGUCCUCCUGGCUCUCCUGGUGAACAAGGUCCCUCUGGUGCUUCUGGUCCUGCUGGUCCAAGAGGUCCUCCUGGCUCUGCUGGUGCUGCUGGCAAGGAUGGUCUCAAUGGGCUGCCCGGCCCCAUCGGUCCUCCCGGUGAAUACUGGAUCGACCCCAACCAAGGCUGCAACCUGGAUGCCAUCAAGGUCUACUGCAACAUGGAGACAGGCGAGACGUGCGUCUACCCCACCCAGGCCACCAUUGCCCAGAAGAACUGGUACCUCAGCCAGAACCCCAAGGAGAAGAAGCACAUCUGGUUCGGCGAGACGAUGAGCGACGGCUUCCAGUUCGAGUAUGGUGGUGAGGGCUCCAACCCAGCUGACGUGGCCAUCCAGCUGACCUUCCUCCGCCUGAUGUCCACCGAAGCCUCCCAGAACAUCACCUACCACUGCAAGAACAGCGUUGCCUACAUGGACAAGGACACUGGCAACCUGAAGAAGGCCCUUCUCCUCCAAGGAGCCAAUGAAAUUGAGAUCAGGGCUGAAGGCAACAGCCGCUUCACCUAUGGUGUCACUGAGGAUGGCUGCACGGUGAGUGGGAUGGGGAGGGUCAUGGUGGUGGGGACGUGA